AUGUCUCACGACAAAGCCUCCCAAUUUGAAGCACCACGCUCACCCAACGGGACUGAUACUGCGUUCGCGAAAAGUCCCGCGACCGAAGAGGAACGACACGACCCGAGGCAUGAUAUCGACGCGAAUUCAGCGCAAAACGCAAGAUUGACGUACUGGCUCAAAUUUGCUGUUGGGGGUCUCGCAGGCCUGCUUGUUGCGCUCCUGUACGACAGGUAUGUAGGCAUACCACGUCAGCCUUGUCCUCCUUGCCCACCCAGAUGA